AUGUUUGGAGGGGGCUCGCUCUGGAGCGGCGCAGGGUCAUCUACAGAGUCACUGGCAGAAAAGGAACGCAAUCCUCCUGCGAGGCCAAUUCCUUUAGAAUUCCCUUGCUACACUCCCCCGAUAUGCGGGAGCCCGCUGAGCGAAAAUCAUAUCAAGACACUGUGUAAGCAUCUCGCCACGAUCAAGCGGCCGUUUGAUAUUCAGGAUUCGGAUCUCGCGCAGCUCAACGUACACGUCGAGGAAGAGGUUGGUCUCGAGCAAUUUGUCCCGGAGGACCUUUUCCGAUCACGGCCGUUUCUUUAUGACAGUGACCUCGAUCCGAUGCUGUCCGAGCUCGAUACUGCAAAUGAGGAUGCCUAUCGUGAGAUUCUUCGACUCCCGCCACUCGAAGGGAAAACUAAACCGCGACUUGCAUACUCGAGAAAUUUCUUCAUUCACUUGGAGGAUAUGAGUCGAUAUUGGGACGACAGCAAGGACCAGUACUAUGAGGUCGAAGCCAAGGAUGCUGAAAACCAAGACUCGAGUUCUGCAGAAGAGAUUCGAGUGAAGGUUGAGCAGCAGAUAACCACCACCACAUCUGGAGGAAUUGUAAAUGCCCUUGAGACGGCUGAAGCAGGAUCCACUCCACAGCAGCCGGGUAUGUCUACAGUGGAACCAUCUCUUCACCUUUCUCCGCCGCCUGAAGUAAUGGACAUUCCGACGCGCCCGAAACUUAAGCAUGUUUACAAGGGACAGCGGCUCGGCAACGGAGAGCAGAUGAGUUCAGGAACCAGAGUGUCCAUGGUCAGGAGCCUACUGAAGAUGAUUGUGCACAAGUUCAACUGCCGCGACUUCGAGAUCAGUGGAAAGGAAAGGCUCCGCAUUUGGACAACAAAUGUUCCCUCGGUAUUUUACAACUUUUGCGUUGCCAAAGUGCCUUCAGAAAUGAAACUUGCAAGGGCAAGAAUAGUAGAAGGGCCUAUACUGGCGGUUCAUGCACGAUCGGAAGUGAGAUUCAAAUCUCGAGAGGGCCUCCUGAACCCUGCCAGUGAUUUUUUGGGCGAAAAAUACGAUUUCUUCCGAGAACUUGGAUGUAUGUUGUCACUCGCAAAGCAACGUGGCCGCGAAGGGAAGGAAGUGCCAAAAGGCGCCCGGCCAGAUCAAUGGUGGGCAUGCAAGCCGCGAUGGGGCGGAGGGGAGACUCGAUGGGGCCAACUAGCCAACGAAGUCUUUGAAGAGGAUGACCCUAGCUGGAGUCCAGAAGAGGCUCGAUUACAGAAAGAGAAACGCGAAGCGGCAGCUGAACAAGAACGCCAGAUGGAGGCUGCCACUGCAGCAGAUUUGAAGAAUCUAAAACCGGAAGAUAUCAUGUCCCAAGCGUUACUAGCUAAUGAGCGUCCAAAAAAGAAAAAACGAAGCGAUCCCAACGGGGGCAAAAGUGCAGACAACGUGGAGUACAAGGAUGGCAGGAGACUGAUGUAUACACAGCCACUGCGGCGAAAAUGGUUCCAAGAAUGGACCAAAAUACGCCCCAAUGCAUCAACAUGGGAUGAGAAGGUGAUAUACCGCCGGAUCGGAAAGCCGAACCAGCAACACGGCAGUGAUGGAUGGGACAAUAUUUACAUGCUGUCCUCGGUAAAUCACCACGUGUGUUUACUGGAGUUGUUGAUCCAUCAAGACUAUGUCGAGUGGCUGGAGACUGGCAAAGCCAUGGACAAAGGCGAUCCACCUGUUAUGGAGACGACAGAACAACCACAACGACACAUGCUGUACAUGAAACGCAGUCGGUGGUACGAUGUAUUCGAUGUUGAUCAGAGGAAGGAGCUGUUCACAGGAAUCUGGAGAGUGAUGAGUUGGGUUAUCCGCGAGGAAGUGCCGAAGGAAGAGCUCGAAAAGGUGGAAGGGUUGAAACACCAACGCAUGGCAGAAGGGGCGGACCAUGCGAUGGAAAUCUAAUGAGGUCACACACGAAGCACGGCAGUGAUGAGAUAUGACGAGAUAUAACAUUGGAUGAAAUGGAUGACAACUCAGACGAAAUUGAAAGAUGGCUCCAGAAUCGUGGCUGGAUGUUAGGUA